AUGCCAAUCAACUACCGCCCCGCCACGACAGCCGACGUCACCGCCAUCGCUCGCGUUGGCAGCGCGGCCUUCGACCCAGCCACCGAUCCAAUGAUGCGCCGCGUCUUCCCACCGCACCUGCAACAGCCGGGUGUCGACGCGCAAGUGCCAUGGCGCGCGUGGCGCAAAACAUGCCGGCUGCAAGAUGAUCCCAACUCGGUCAUCAUCGUCGCCGUGGACGAGGAGCUGGACGAGGUGGUUGGCUACGCCUGGUGGGUCGCUGCCCCCAAGCCGGACCAGGAACCGUUUGUCCCUCCCAAGGAACCCAAGUUUUCCGGGGUCGACCCACAAGCUAGGGAGGAGGUGCUUCUUGCCAUCGAGUCCGCGAUUGAUUUUAUCUUUGGGAAGAGCCAUGACCACUACGAGCUCUCUAUUCUAGCUGUCCACCCAAAGCACGGCCGCAAAGGAAUAGGGAGGAAUCUCGUGCAGUGGGGCUUGGACAGAGCAAGGGGUGAGAAGAAAGACGCCUAUUUGAUAGCAACUCCCAUGGGGAGGCCACUAUACGAACGACUAGGGUUUGUGGAUAUUGGCGAGGUCUCCUUCUUGGGAUUCAAAUUCACCUCUAUGAUUGUCAAGAAUAACCCGAAUACCAGGCUCGAGGAUGGACGGGUUGUACAUGUGAAUGAGGCCAAAGGAACUGCUUGA